AUGAGCGAAGAGAACAAGACCACUUCCCAGGGCGGUGCCCCCAUCCUUAACGACGCCGAGCACCAGCAAAUCCACGGCAAGGGCAAGGCCAAAGCUGUCGAAGACAUGGACAUGGAUGAUGACAGCUCUUCUGAGGAGGAGGAACAGGCCGCUCCUGAGGAACAGGAGGAGGGCGAAGAAGACAACAUGGAAGAGAUUGACGAGAGCAACAUCCUCUCCGGUGGCAGACGCACUCGCGGCAAGACCAUCGAUUUCGCCAAGGCCGCCGAAGGUCUCGAAGAUGAUGAAGACGAGGACGAGGACGACGACUUCGAGGACCCCGAGGACAUGCAGCAGUAG